AUGCGUAUUGAACAGUGUUCGUUUUGUGGCGCCCCCAUCUACCCCGGGCAUGGUCGGAUGUUCGUGCGCAACGACUGCAAGAUCUUCCGCUUCUGCGCGAGCAAAUGCCAGCGCAACUUCGGCAUGAAACGCAACCCGAUGAAGGUGCGUUGGACGAAAACCUUCCGUAAGGCGAACGGGAAGGAAUUAAGCGUGGAUACCACGAUGGACUUCGAGCGUCGUCGCCACGUUCCCGUGAAGUACAACCGCGAAUUGCUUCACCACACCUUGAAGGUCAUGAAGCGCGUGGAGAAGAUUAAGGAGCGGCGGCAGGAGGAUCUCUGGCGGCAUCGCAUGCAGCGCGCGCGGUUGCAGGAGAAACGCGAGGCCGCCACCGCGUUGAAGCACAACAUCGACUGGAUCGAAGACCUUGAGGUGAAACACACCGCGCGGGAUGAUCUCGUCGCGAUUGAGGAGGAAAAGAUGGCGAAGAAAGCGCAGCGCCGCGAGGCCGCCCGGAAGCGGCGGCAACAGCAGCGCGAGGCGGAAAAAGCGAGCGGGAUGACCUCCUCCGCCACCUCCGCGAAGAAAGGGUAA